CAGAGUAUAACAGCUUAUGGUUGAGAGAGGAACUUGUUACUUUGAAAGGUGCUCUCUACUCAUUGAAACGCGCACAUUUCUUGAAAAUAAUAAUAAAAAAAGACGACACGUUUACAUUUGGAAAAGCCUAGAAGGACUGACAUCAGAACUAUUAUAUUUGACUGAACAGUCAAUUUGAAACAAGUGCUAUAGAAGAAUACAAAGUCUUUCGACUCGGGAGAGACUGAGGAGUUGCAGAGACAACUUGUACAAGAAACUGACGUCUCUCUUCAAGUAAGAGUUUGUAAAGUAUUUGUAUUUUCCUUUUACAUACCUAUAUCGGACAUUUAGUUUCAAUCAUAAGCCGGUCUGUGUUUAUCGCUCUACUCACAACUGGACUUCUCAGAAGUAUAACUUCUGUCUUUCGUUGCAAGUGCUGAAUUCAAAACGCGCAGGCGCACACACAGACGCGAGUUCUGGUUAGGGUUCUAUGUCUACCAAGAUGGAAACUACUUUCUACGACGAUACACUCAAUACCUUCUCACAGCCAGAGUCCUCCGGCUACGGAUACAACCCCAAAGCCCUGAAGCAGAGCCUGACUUUGAACCUGCUGGACCCCUCGCUGAACAUGAAACCGCACCUGCGGGCCAGGGCAAGCGACAUCCUCACAUCCCCGGAUGUUGGGCUUCUCAAACUGGCCUCCCCCGAACUGGAGCGGCUUAUCAUCCAGUCCAGCAACGGUAUGAUCACCACGACCCCUACCCCGACCCAGUUCCUCUGCCCGAGAAACGUUACCGACGAGCAGGAGGGUUUUGCUGACGGGUUCGUGCGGGCACUGGCCGAGCUGCACUACCAGCACAACGGCUCCACCAGCGUAACUUCUGCGACGGAGACUUCUUCGGCCACCGGCAUGACACCCAUCUCAUCUAUGAUUGCCAACAGUGUUUUCAGCGCAAACAUGCAGCCGGAACCACCGGUGUAUACCAGCCUGAACACCUUCAAUCCAACUAACAUUAGCACCUCAUCGGCGACGGUGGCAGCACCCGGCAUCAGCAAUGCAAACAACCUGAACUAUCAGCCUCAGCAUCACAUGAACACCCAGGUGCAGAUUCAGCACCCACGGCUGCAGGCGCUGAAAGAGGAGCCCCAGACGGUGCCCGAGAUGCCCGGCGAGACCCCGCCGCUCUCCCCGAUCGACAUGGAGAACCAGGAGAGGAUCAAAGCCGAGAGGAAGCGCAUGAGAAACAGAGUCGCAGCUUCCAAGUGCCGGAAGAGGAAACUGGAGAGGAUCUCCAGGCUCGAAGACAAAGUGAAAAACUUGAAGUCCCAGAACUCCGAGCUGGCGUCCUCCGCUAACUUGCUGCGAGAGCAGGUGGCGCAGCUCAAGCAGAAAGUCAUGAACCACGUCAAUAGCGGCUGCCAGCUCAUGCUGACCCAGCAGCUGCAAACAUUCUGAGAGCGCAACCCUGCUACCGCUGCUCCUCCAAAAAAGAGACAGUCCGAGAACGGGACGAAGUUUACACAGUAAUGAAUGAAUGAGUGAAGACAAUGAAACUAAGUGUCACAGCCGUGAGACUGCAGAGGCGAGAUCCUUGGCUGCACGCUGGAGUAUAGAGAGAGAGAGAGAGAGAGAGAGAGAGAGAGAGAGAGAGAGAGAGAGAGAGAGAGAGAGAGAGAGAGAGAGAGAGAGAGAGACUUGUCUUGAGCAUGAUGAGAAGAGCUGUCUCGGGUUGGGUUCGUGACAACAACAAUGAAUAACAAAAAAGACACAAGCGCUUUCUUAUUCAAGAGACACUAUCAUUGCGUUAACGUUGACCAAGUUGUGCAUGGACCCCGUGACAUUCAAAGAUCAUUCAGUAUUAAAACAAUGUUAAACAAAACGAAACAAAAAAAUACUUCAAUAGAUACUUUCGUUUGCUUCUGUUGUAGCGAAGUCAUGGGAAGGCAUAGAAAAUAAAGGCAGGUUGAAAAAGC